AUGACAACUGCUCAAUUUGAUUGUCAAUACUGCAUGGCAUCACUUCUUGGGAAGUAUGUACUAAAGGAUGACAAUCCAUACUGUGUUACUUGUUAUGAUCGUAUCUUUUCUAACUAUUGUGAGGAGUGCAAAGAACCAAUCGAAUCAGAUUCCAAGGAUCUUUGUUACAAAGGCCAUCACUGGCAUGAAGGAUGCUUCAAUUGCGCCAAAUGCAAUCAGUCUUUGGCGGAAAAGCCUUUUGCUGCGAAGGAUGAGUGCCAGCUCUGCUCCGAGUACUAUUCUAACGAGUGCUCCUCCAAGUGCUUCCACUGUAAGAAGACCAUCAUGCCUGGUUCCCGAAAAAAGGAAUUUAAGGGAAACUACUGGCAUGAAACCUGCUUUGUGUGCGAGCACUGCCAACAGCCAAUAGGAACUAAACCUUUGAUUUCCAUAGAGAGUGGCAUUUAUUGUGUGCCGUGUUUUGAGAUGGAGUUUGCUCACUACUGCAGCUUUUGUAAGAAGGUGAUUACUUCAGGUGGGAUAAUGUUUUGUGGCCGGCCAUGGCAUAAAGAGUGCUUUCUGUGCCGUGGCUGUAGGAAAGAGCUCUGUGAAGAAGAGUUUAUGUCCAGAGAUGAUUAUCCAUUCUGCUUGGACUGCUACAACCAUCUUUAUGCCAAAAAGUGUGCCACCUGCACCAAGCCUAUUACUGGUCUCAGAGAUGCCAAGUUUAUCUGCUUCCAAGACCGCCAGUGGCACAGCGAAUGCUUUAACUGUGGGAAGUGCUCAGUCUCCUUGGUGGGGGAAGGCUUCCUGACUCACAACAAGGAAAUCUUCUGCCACAAAUGUGGCUCUGGGGUGGACACUGACAUGUAG